UCCAGCCUCACAGCCACAAACACUCUUGGGGAUCUUUCGAAGCAACACAUCUUUUUUAAACCUCCAGCUUUUGGGACGACUGCAUAGAGCCAUGGUAUCUGCUGGAUUUCAGAUGUUGGGCAUCGGCCUGGGCGUCAUCGGCUGGAUCGGGGCCAUUGUGACCUGCAUCCUGCCUCAGUGGAAGGUCUCAGCCUUCGUCGGUAAUAACAUCGUCACAGCUCAGACGACAUGGGAGGGGAUCUGGAUGAGCUGCAUGGUCCAGAGCACAGGCCAGAUGCAGUGCAAGGUCUACGACUCCAUGCUGGCUCUGGGCACGGACAUAAAGGUGUCCCGCGCCCUCAUCAUCAUCUCCAUACUGUUGGGCAUCUUCGGCCUGCUGCUGUCCAUCGCCGGGGGCAAGUGCACCAACUGUGUGGAAGAUGUGAAUGCCAAAGUCAAGGUCAGCGUCACAGCUGGCGUUAUCUUCAUCAUUGCUGGCUUUCUGUGCCUCGUCCCCGUCAGCUACACCGCCAACACCAUCGUCCAGGAUUUCUACAACCCUAUGGUUAACAUGAACAAGAUGGAGCUGGGACCCUCCCUCUUCAUCGGCUGGGGGUCGGCUGCCCUGCUCAUUCUGGGAGGCGCACUUCUCUGCUCCAACUGCCCCCCCAAAAGCCCUAUGAGCAAAGGUUACGUGUGAGGAAGAGGAAGCAAAGAGAGACCGUUUGAUGCGACCACGCCCAAAAGACUGCAACGAUUCCAUCGAAUCCCAGCAGACAGAAACUCGCUGGAGAAACAUUUCUGCCCCCAAAGCAUUUUCAUGGACAUUUCUGUCGACCAUUUUCAUUUUCAGAACUUUUUUUAUUAAGACUUUUGUAAUAGUUUGCUUCAGAUUGUAAAUAAAUGUUUUCAUCAUGAACGCACAG